AUGGCUCUCAAGACUAUCGGCGCAAAGGCGGCGGCAGCUCUGGACCAAGAACUCAUGAGCACCGGUGCCUUUUCUAUCGAUCAAUUGAUGGAGCUGGCUGGAUUAGCAGUCUCACAAGCGGGUCUGUCUUUCCGAUUGAAGGGAAGCUACGAAAAUGGACUUGUCGUGCUAAAAGGUGGCGAUGGCCUUGUUGCCGCACGACACCUCUUCCAUUAUGGUUAUAGACCCACAGUCUUCUAUCCCAAGAGAAGUAAGAAUGAGCUUUACCAACGGUUGGCCAAGCAGCUCGAAGAUUUAGAUAUUCCAUUUGUCGAUGAUUUCCCAGCCGCCAUAGAAUCAACAGACCAUGUAGUAGAUGCGAUAUUUGGUUUCAGUUUCUCAGGCGAGGUCCGGGAGCCGUUUCCCGCGGUAAUUCAAGCUCUCCAGGAGACCAAAUUACCCAUCACCUCGGUGGAUGCUCCAUCGUCGUGGGAUAUCGAGAAUGGCCCUCCCAAGACAGGCUUAGGUAGCUCCUUUAUGCCCACGGCUCUUGUCAGCCUUACGGCUCCUAAACCACUAGUCAAUCACUUCACCGGUCGGCACUUCGUCGGCGGACGGUUUGUGUCCCCAUCUAUUGCCAAAAAGUAUAAUUUCGAAGUUCCUCCCUAUCAGGGUGUAGACCAAGUUGUCGAGAUAGGAUCGUCCGAGCAGAAGCUCUGA